AUGGCAUGGCUCCGCUCGCCGUUGGCGUUCUCGCUGCCGGCAUCGACGCGGAUGGCCGGUGAGCCAGACGAGUUGAGAAUCCGACUGCCACACUCGUCGGUCGGCCUGCCACAGACGCUGGCCAUGCAACACUUUAGCGCUGACAAGGCUCAGGUUGCAGGCGGCGACGGCGCGCUCGGCCAGCUCUCGGCGCGGAUCGACGCUUUUCUUGCUCGCACCUUUCUGGCAGACAUUGACGACUGCGAGUGCGGCGUGCUCACGGGGUACCGCUACGGCGGCGCAGGAAGUGGGAGUACAGGCUACGACUACGGCUACACGCCCGAGGCUGACGGCCUGCCGCGCCGCUGGUGGGGCUGCGGCCGCGGCGAGAUCGAGUCUGACGCCGACGGCCACGACAUGGCAGCCGGUAGCGGAGCGUCCGCAAGCGGCUGGAUGGCUGUCGCGCUCAUCAUGCUCCUCACCGUCUACGCCGGCGUCCUGGUCUGGGACGCGCUCGCCACAGCCUCGGUCUCGAACGCCUUUGUGCUGGCCUUUGUGGCGCUCGGCGCCUACGGCGCCUACGGCCAGCGGCUCUGGCCUCUCCUCGCCUUUCUCGCUGUCCACAUCGGGCGGACGGUGGCGCUCAUCCUUUACGUCGCCACCUCGCUCGUUCCCGCCAUCCUCUCGGACUCGCCGCCUGUCGACUCGCCCGUGACCCACACCGAUGGUGCGCCGUGCUUCCUCUGUCUCGGCCUCUACGCCCUUCUUGUUGUCGGCCACGCCCUCGUCGCCUUUCUCGCCUUCCGCCUCGUCAUUGUCGUCAAGCGGCUCAUCGUCAACCGCAAACAAUGCUUUGCGUAG